AUGGCCAGCUCAGUCCUCCAGAUCGUGUCCCCUAUCAAGGGAGCCCCGAAACCCGUCGGCCCUACCAACAAGAAGCCCAUGCGGCCAAGCAACCAACUCCCACGGCCUCUUCUUGAUGCUGCUCGGGCUAUUGAAAAGGUCCCCUUUCACGCUGAGAAGCAUGUCACCUUUCAGCCCCCCUCGCGAGUCUAUACCAUGAAGGAGAUUGGCCUGGAGGGCUGCGGCAUCUCCCCCAUCGCCACCUCCGAGCCCUUCCAGCUAUUCUCCCAGGAAGCCGUUCAACAGUGCCGCGCCGAAAUCUUCAGCGAAACGGUCCUAGACAAGUACCAGUUCAGCUCGACCUUUACCAAGAAUAUGAUUCGAGGUAUCUCUGCUGAGGAUGCCCCUUUCGUCCACGCUAUGUGGAAGUCUCCUCAAGUCGCCAACGCCGUCUCCCAGGUUGCUGGCAUUGAGCUUGUUCCCGUGUUUGACUAUGAGAUCGCCCAUGUCAAUGUACUUGUCAAUAAGGAUGGUGAGGAAGAGAAGGCUGAGGACAGCGUUGGCUUCUCCUGGCAUUAUGACAGCUUCCCUUUUGUGUGCGUCACUAUGCUCUCUGACUGUGCCGGCAUGACUGGCGGCGAGACUGCUCUUCGCACCGGUGACGGCGAGGUCAGAAAGGUCCGAGGACCUACCAUGGGAACCGCCGUGAUUCUCCAGGGCCGUUACAUUGAGCAUGCCGCUCUCAAGGCACUGGGCGGUCGGGAGCGUACCACCAUGAUCACCCCCUUCCGACCCAAGAACCCGCUCAUCAAGGACGAGACGGUACUGACGACAUGUGUUGCCAUCAGCGACAACAGCCGACUUUUCUACGACUACUGCCUCUACCGUGCUGAGCUUCUACAGGAGCGUAUGCGACUCCAAGCUCAGUGGCUUCGCGAGCAAAAGGAGGCUGGCGCACCAUUUGACACUGCGAGCGUCAAGAAGUUUAUUGAGGAGCAGCGAGAAUUUCUAGACACUACAAUAGAACAGUUCAUCUAA